CAAAUGUCUCCGUGUGCGCCCAAACAGGGAACGUGUGUGUAUGUGUGUGUGUUUUUGUGUGUGUGUCAUUUAGCCUCACACCAACUUGUGAAGAAUCAUUCAUAUUUUCAUAUUUUUAAAAACAAAAACAAAACAUGGCUGCGUCGAAUUAUUCCCUGAAGGUCAACAGAGAGCUGCUGGACCCGAACUUCGAGAGUUACCGCUUAUCUCUGGACGCCAUACCGACGUACGACGUGGAGCUGGACGCAGCUGUGGAGGAAGUGAAGCUGAAGGACACGCAGUACACUCUGGAACAUGUGCGUGCUUUCGGCAUGUACAACUACCUCCACUUAGAUCCUUGGUACGAAGACAGCGUUUUGUUUGUGGACUGCAAAGGACGAGUUCUCAGUCUCACCGUCACCCUGGACACUGCCCUGGGGAAGCCCAGAGAGGUCUACCGUAUAACCGCUGACAUCAGCCAGUGUGAGGAUCGUCUUUGCGCGUCCCUCAGCCUCACCUCGGCGACCUGGGCGUCCCUCAGUGAUGGCACGGGCCGGUUGUACCUUCUCCGCACCGGAAAGAGGGGUGACAGCUCCCAUAUGAAGUGGGAAGCGCUGUUCAGUGAAGACAUGGGGGAGCCUUUCACCAUCCUCCACAGUGUCUCACAUGUACAGGACGGAGUCCACGCCAUGGAGGUCCUGCUGCUCCGCAUCCAGAAAGACCCGCAGGAAACCAAAGGAAGUGGAUACUCCGUGUCUCUGGAGUGGAUCACAGUCGCCAACACUGCAGGACAAGGUCAGGAGAAGAAGUAUGAGGUGAGGAAGAGGAGGGUCCUCAGGGGGAAGUCGGUGCCUCACUACGCAGCGGUUGAGCCCAAGGGAACGGGGCUGAUGGUGGCCUCGGAGAAGCCGUUUGUCUUCACGCACGUGGACGGUCUUCCCGUGGAGCAGGCUGACCCAGAGCCCAUGGAGGUGGAGAAAACAGAUCCCAUUUACUUCUGGCAGCAGACAGCGGAGGACAUCACAGUGUGUGUGCGCAUGCCCGAGGGCGUCACCAAAGAGGAGGUGCAGUUCAGGCUGAUGGCGGACAACAUCAGACUUGGAGUUCAGGGUUUCCCUCCUUUACUGGAAGGCCAGCUGUUUGCAUCUGUAGACCCUGAGGCCAGCGCCUGGAUCAUCAAAAAUGACAAAAGCCUGGAGGUCAGCCUGCAGAAGCGCAGCGAGGGGCCGAUGUGGCCGGAGCUGGUGACCGGUGACAGGAGAGGGGAGUACGUGAUGAGCGACGAGCAAGCUGCCCUCAUCCACGAGAGACUGACAUACCUCACCUCUGAAGACAUGAAUGGAAACCCUGACAAGGACAAGCCUCCCUGUAACUCUCAGGAGCUGGAGGACUGUGAUGGGUUCCCAGAAGACAGCUUCAGUCUCACACACUUUGACGGAGAAUCGCUCAAGCCCACUCAGGUGGUGAACCUGGGCAGCCAUCAGUACCUGUUCACAGUGGACGUGAACCCGUCCGACAUGCCGUGCCUCUGCCUCAGACACGACGUGGACGCUCUGGUGUGGCAGCCUCGUCCCGACCAGCCCAGUAACAUGUGGGAGCACAUCGCCACGUUCAACGCCUUGGGUUACGUCCAGGCGUCCAAGCGGGAUAAAAAGUUUGCGACCUGCGCUCCGAACUUCUCCUACGCCUCCCUGUGCGAGUGCCUCCGCCGCUCCUUCAUCUACCGACAGCCGUCGCCGGUGGAAACCGUCCUCUUCAACAGGAAGCAGGGCCGCCAGGUAGCGCAGGUUGCCAAGCAACAGGUGGCCAGCCUGGACUCGGAUAAGCCAAUUCUGGGCUUCAGGGCGACCAAUGAGAGACUGUACAUCCUGACCUCCAGUAACCUCUUUGUUCUAAAGGUCAAUAAUAAUUAGAUUUGGGACUCUUAGUUUUGGACGUUCACCCCCUCAGGCUGCGAUCAUUCCUCACUGAAGAAAAACUUCCUUAUGUUUAAAAUGAUGCUUUUGCUGUUCAGUUCUCUCUCUCUGUUUCAGCUUCACCUGUCGUCUGUGUUGCAAACCGUCUGUAAGGUCAAUGAGUAAAAAUCUUAUCGACAAAUCAUGGAAACAAACGUUGGCUAGAGCAGAAUUUUUCCAGGAUAGACCAAGAAAAUAAAUGUAAAUGAUGCUUUAAUCCGACACGCUGUGUGUUUCAUGAAUAUACAUUUCAUACAUGUAGUUCCCUGUGUGUGCUCUGCAUUAUUAAAGAUCUCUGUGAAUUCCAA